AUGUUUUUUAAAUUAAUUUUAUGCCUCUUCGUUGGCACAACCUUUGGAUAUGUGGAUAAACAAAAUCCACCACAAUGGAACAAUGUAUACACAGUGAAAGGUCUUUUGAACAUCCCUUAUGCUGAGUUACAUGAACCAUUCUAUGCUUGGUAUGACGGCAAGAAUGGCAAGUCCCGGAUUGACUACUACGGCAACAUGGUCAGAACUUACCAACUGUCUUCUUCCGUUUUCCCCAAGUAUGGUACCUCCAUCAAGGUAGCCCCCGUGACGACUGAGAAGGAGUUGAACAAGGAAACCUGCCUCCAAGUAAAUGGCACUGAGGAAAACAGCAUCAACAUACAAUCGGUUCUGCCGGAUAUGACGGACUUCAAGUUUGUUGGCACAGAAACGAUGCAAGAUUCGGAAACUGCAAAAUGGAGAAUGGUUCAGACGAUUGGCGACAAGGUGAACAAGUACACCAUGUGGGUGAAAUACAGGAAGAGUCUCAAAGGAGAUCCACUGCCAAUUCCUGUCAGAUACGAGAUGAAAGGAUUCAAUUCGCUGCUCGGUUCCCACUAUGACCACUACUACAUCGAAUACAGGGACUAUGAUGUUGACGACAUCGACCCCAACGUAUUCGUUAUUGACAGUAGUAUGCAGUGCACGUCGUUCCCGGGUCCCGGGUCGCGUCAGUUCGCCACAUUCAACCCCAUGAAGGAGUUCGUACAUCCCGUGUACGACGCACACGUUGACAGCGAGUUUGACAGAUUCAAGGCUAAACACAACAAACAAUACGCCAGUGAAGUGGAGCACGCUAAACGCUUGAAUAUCUUCAGACAGAAUCUACGAUUCAUUCACUCUAACAAUCGCGCGCGACGUGGCUUUAGUUUAACUGUGAACCACCUGACUGAUCGUACCGACGACGAGCUGGCGGCUUUAAGGGGACGGAGAUACAGUGGACCCAAUCCUAUGGGGCUACCGUUCCCUUACGGAGAAUCUGAAUUGAAGGAGAUGCAAGUGAAACUGCCCCCUGAAUUCGACUGGAGGCUGUUCGGCGCUGUUACACCAGUGAAAGACCAGUCGGUAUGCGGUUCGUGCUGGUCGUUCGGAACGGUCGGUGCUGUAGAGGGCGCGCUGUUCUUACGUAAUGGCGGCCAUCUUGUUCGUCUCAGUCAACAGGCGCUCAUCGAUUGCUCUUGGGGCUUCGGUAACAAUGGUUGCGACGGUGGUGAGGACUUCAGGGCUUACCAGUGGAUCAUGAAGCAUGGUCUGCCUACUGAAGAGGACUAUGGCGGUUAUUUGGGACAGGACGGCUACUGCCACGUGGACAACGUGACACUGGUGACAACUAUCAAGGGCUGGGUCAAUGUCACCACCAACAAUGAGAAUGCCCUUCGUUUGGCAAUCUUCAAGCACGGUCCAAUAUCGGUGGCGAUCGACGCUUCGCACAAGAGUUUCAGCUUCUACUCGCACGGAGUAUACUUUGAACCAAAAUGCAAAAACAAAAUAGACGAACUGGACCACGCCGUCUUAGCGGUAGGGUACGGAACCCUCAACGGACAGAAGUACUGGCUGGUAAAGAACUCCUGGUCAAACAUGUGGGGCAACGAUGGAUACGUGCUCAUGUCCUCCCGAGACAACAACUGCGGUGUGGAAACUGCACCCACCUAUGUACUCAUUUAG